CUCGCGCAACCUCGGCGCGGCGCUCGCGCAUGCUCAACAAUAUUUAUUUACAAACAACCAAACCGGCUUAGACGUUCCUCGUUUAUAAGCUUUUAACAGGAGAAACUUGAGUAGCAGACGGGAUCGCCAUGUCAGUUAUAAUUGACCCAUCGGACCUGGAGAGGGAAUACUCUCCGAGCCGGUGGUCGACGCGCUUCGCCACCUCGCAGGAGGUGCUCCAAAACCACGUACAACUAGUAACGGCAGCAAGUGAAGAGGCAACCAACAACAUUCCUCAUAAACUCGAGAUCGAAUACGGAAUCACCUUAAAUCAGAAACUAGAUAUUUUCGGCACCGACUUACCAAACGAUUCGCCAAUCCUCGUGUACGUGCACGGCGGCUACUGGCAGGAGUUGAACCGCGAGAUCUCGCGCUACCCGGCUGGCCCGCUGUACCGGGCACGUGUCAAGACCGUGGUGGUGGGCUACGACUUGUGUCCAUCCGCCACCUUGCCGGAGAUCGUUCAGCAGAUACAGAUUGCCGCCAGAUUCGUGUUCGAGUACGCUGACAAAAUGGGAUCGAGAGGCGUAUACUUCGCUGGCCAUUCAGCCGGCGCCCAUUUGGUGGCAAAGCUCCUGUCAGACGCCGACUUCCUGGACAACACGCCCGGCUCCAACCACCUGCAGGGCGCCUUCCUGAUCUCCGGCAUCUACGACCUCCGCGAACUAGUCCUCACCUCCGUCAAUGACGCCGUCCAACUUCCCACCGAGUGGGCUGUCCCGCUCUCCCCACAGUUCGACUGCUACACGCACCUGCAAGCUAGAAGAGUACGACUAUACAUCUUGGCUGGACAAAACGAUAGCCCAGUAUUCAAAAAACAGUCGAGAGAAUUCUAUGAACUUCUGCUAAACACUUGCCUGACCGCUAACAUGUACCUCGAAAUUAAGGAUGAGGUGGACCACUUCGAUAUAGUAGAAUGUUUCGCAAAUGACGACAAUUAUCUCAAAAACCUACUGGUACAUGACAUAAGAAAGCAUUUGUGAUGAUCUAUCAAUGUUAAUUAUAUAAAUCAUAAUAUACUUAUA